UGAAGGGGCGUUGUUGGUGGUGCGGCUGGAUUUCAGAGGCGUGGGCCAGAAACGCGACCACAGGACACAGAAGGCGGAACGAAGUCCUCAGCGGGCUCCUCUCUCUUCGCACCACGCUGAGCGGCUGAACUGAAAAGUGGAAACGGGUGGGUGGAGAAGGGACGCGGUGAAGCUCAAGCUCAACAGCUCUGCAGCACGGCAACUAACGCAGAAAACGGCCUUCUUCGACUGAGAAAAUUCUGCAUUGUGAUCUGGCCUCCUACUCAUGGCACCGACUCUGCGGGUCUUCAUUCAAUGCUAACCCUUCCUCUCAUGCUCUUAGUGCCAUGACCUGCUUGGAUGGCAUCCCCCUCUCCUUCCACUUGGACCCCACUGAAGAGAUCUCUGUGUGGCUCUCCAGUCUCCACUUGCCUCAGUAUGCCUCCAGCUUUACCCAGGCGGGGUACUGCACCCUGGGAGACUGCAGGGGUCUGACCGAGGAGAAGCUCCUGGACAUGGGGCACUUCCCCACAGGCCAUCGGCGGAGAAUACUCCGCAGCCUGGAGGUUUUCAUGGGUGGGGAAGGAUCUGAGGGGAGGAAGAAACCUGUCCCUUUACCUAGAAAUAUUUUCCUUAAGGAUGGCAAGAGAGUAGUGAGAUGCGAAGGUUCACAGAAAAGCAGCACUGCAGAAAACAAAAUCCUGUCCGGAACGCGGAGUCUUCCUGCAAGGACUUGUGAAGAGACAGUGACUAAUGAUGACUCAGGUGGACCAAUCACACAGUUUUCUACAGGUGUCCCCCACACACUUCCAAGGAGACUACCAAAAGUGGCUUCCUCAGGCUCCAGCUCUACCUCUUUGCACAGCAGCACCGAAUCACUGUCACUUUCCUCCCACUCUGUACCUUCUGAUUGGGAGAACUCAGAGGAGCCUGCUUUUUCCACAACAGGGCAUAUUCCAGAUGUGAAAGGAGACUUCCCCUCAGAAGAAGCCCUCAAAGCAUUUCAGGGAGAGAUGGUGGAUAACGAUAUAUAUGAGAGCUCUUACACUGUUAAAAAUAUUGGCCCCAGAAAAACUCACUCCUACAGGUUACGACACCGGCCUGUGCCAGAAAUCCCAGAACGCACCGUCAUACCGUCACAUGACUGGAGUGUGUGUGCGAAAACCAGCACUGAGCAGCAGAGUGGUGCUGAGGCCCCCAGCGGCCCAACCGGAAGACAGAAAGCCCCUCUUCAAAGGACACUGACCCCAAUCACUCCCUAUGGUGAGCUUUACCUCUACAACAAAGACAGUGCAGAAGACAAACUAGACAUGGGAGCAAAAGAAGUGUUCAAACAAGAAGCAAAGGAGAAGCUGAAACAGAAGAAGUCGAGGAAGCAUCACACCAGGCAGAAACAGAAGGUGACGGAGAGUGCGAACAGGCCAGACUUUUCUCGUCGGGGCAACACUGCUGUCCCCGAUGAUGAUUAUUCGCUGAUUCAGCCAUCCCUGCCGAGUCAGGACGUGGCCAUUGAAAGUUCUUCAAAUACAGCUAUGUCUCCUAAGCUUCUCCCACAAACUCCACCGCCCCUUAAGCCCCUCCCACAGACUCAACCACCUGCUAAGCCCCCUCCACAGAAUCCAAGACCAUUGGCUGGAGUUCAUCCACCAGUGGAUGUGAGGGCCAUCUACAGUGAGCCAGUGGACGCUCUCUCUGGACUAGUGAAGCACACAUUUCCUGCUCACAGUGAAACAACUAUCUCACCGUACGCCUGCUUCUAUGGAGGCCCCAAAAGUUCUGUCAAAAUGGGCUGGCUGGACAAGCUCUCUCCUCAAGGAAACUGCGUCUUUCAGAGAAGAUGGGUCAAGUUUGAUGGAGAGAAUCUCACUUACUAUAACAAUGACAAGGAGAUGUACUCUAAAGGUCUGGUUCCUCUCUCAGCUGUGAGGCUGGUGCGAUCUGUAGGAGACAAUAAGCUGGAGGUGGUCACUUCACAAAGAACAUUUGUGUUUCGAGCAGAGAAAGAAGGAGAACGUCAGGAUUGGCUGGAGGUUCUGCAGUCUGCUCUGAAGUCCCGCUCCUCUAUUUCCCACAAGCCCUGCAAACACAGCUCCAGCAAGAGCGGCUGUGUGGAACUGCGCGGCCACAAAGGCAGAGUGUACCUCAGCCUCACGGGAACCAAAGUCAGACUCUGCAAAACAGACCAGGACUUUAACUCUGGAGUGGCCAUUGCUGUAGUAGACCUGACUGCUGCCUGUGUUAAACAUGUGGAUCGCAGAAGCUUUGAGAUCAACACUCCUUUCAGAUCCUUCUGUUUCACAGCGGAGUCGGAGCGUGAGCGUGAGGAGUGGAUCGAGGCAGUGCAGGAAUCGAUUGUCGAGACACUGUCCAAUUAUGAGGUGGCCGAGAAGGUUUGGUUCAACCAGUCGAACAGGAACUGCGCCGACUGCAAAGCGCCAAACCCUGAGUGGGCCUCCAUCAACCUCGGAGUGGUCAUCUGUAAAAUGUGUGCAGGUCAGCACCGCUUUCUGGGCUGCGGUAUCUCUCAGGUCAGAAGUCUGAAAUUGGACAGCACCAUCUGGACCAACGAACUGGUGGAGCUGUUUUUAGCUGUUGGAAAUGAGAAUGCCAACAGCUUUUGGGCUGCGAAUCUUCCACCGGAGGAGGAGCUUCACAUGGGGGCAACACCAGAGCAGCGUGCAACCUUUCACCGUAGGAAAUACAGGGAGAGGAAGUACAGAAGAAUUCUAAAGGGACUCUACAGCCAAGAGGAGCUAAACCAGGCUCUCUGCUCAGCGGUCCUCCAGUCCGAUGUGUUGGUGACCAUGGCCCUGGUGUUUAGCGGGGCAGAUGUGAUGUGUGCUACAGGCGACCCUGAUUACUCCACUCCAUAUCUACUGGCUCAGAAAGCAGGACAGAGGCUACAGAUGGAGUUCCUCUAUCACAACCAGCUCUCAGAAUUUGCAAAGCUGGAGAUGGUGGGUGACAGUAGUUUUCCAGUAGAUGCUUCCUCUUUCAUGGAUGGGUUUCUGUACUGUUCAGUCAACAUGCUCAAGAGCACCUUGGACAGAAAAGGAAGAGAUGACAUGGCUCGACGCUGGUGUACGUUGGAGGGUGGCUACCUCAGUUACUAUGAGAGUGAGAAGAGUGCAACAGCCAUAGGGAGAGUGAACAUUAAAGAGGUGGUGAGCCUGGCCAUCAGCAACACAGAGACCAUGACCGGAGCAGGGGCAGUGUUCACCUUUGAGAUCUACCUGCAGUCUGAGAAAGUGCUCAUGUUUGGAGCAGAGACUUCAGACACACAACUAGACUGGGCCCACGCCAUCACUAAGUGUUUUCUCCCUGUGAGGGUGGAGUCUUUGCUGAAGAAGGACUGUGAGCUUGUUGGUCGUUUGUACUACAAAGAGGGUCAUGACCUUUACCACUGGCGAAAGGGGUGGUUUUCUUUGAUCGGCUGUGAACUGUUCUUUUGUCCUGAAGACGAACAUGUAACCGAGGGGCUUCUACAGCUCAAACGGCUGCAGGAACUCACUAUCUCUACACAUUUGGAAGGAGAGGAGAGGGUCCAGGUUCUGCUCAUGGUCGAAAGUGGCAGAACCAUUUACAUUCGUGGUUUCACUAAGCAGGACUUUGCUCUGUGGCACUCUGCUAUCCAGUUGGCUGCUGGGAGGGAUGGCAGGGCGCUAGGCAACCAGCAGCUGAGUAAAAAUGACAUCCCUAUUAUUGUCGACAGCUGUGUUGCUUUUGUCACGCAAUAUGGUUUAUGUUAUCAGGGCAUCUAUCAGAAGAAUGGUGACCCCAAACGUGUGGCCCAGCUGCUUGAGGAGUUUACCCGGGAUGCUCGGAAUGUCAAGCUUCGUAUUCAAGAUCAUCGGUUAGAGGACGUCACAGACACACUCAAAAGAUUCCUGUCCCACUGUGAGGAUGCCCUGCUGGCCAAAGAGCUUUACCCUUACUGGAUUUCUACCCUGGAUGAAGAGAAUGAAAAGGACAGGAUUGAGAAGUACUCCACCUAUAUUCAGAGUUUACCCAAGAUAAGCAGGUCAACUCUUGCUGCGUUGCUGCAGCAUCUGUACAGGAUCCAGAGCUGCUCUCACAUUAACCAGAUGAAGGCUCAGAGUCUGGCAUGUGUUUUCUCGUCCUGUCUUUUCCAGACAGAGGGACACACACCUCAGGAGACACGUGUGGUGGAAGACCUCAUCAGUAACUACACUCAGCUUUUCUCUGUCAAUGAAGAGCAAGUCAGGCAAAUGGAGAGAGAGAACCGCUUAAUCACGAGGUGGAAGGACACUACGUUCUCUCCAGCUGGUGACUUGAUCUUCGAGGUCUACUUGGGAAAGAAAGAGCCAGAAAACUGCUGUUUAAUCAAGGUCUCUCCAACCAUGAGUUCCGAUGAGCUGGCUGAAAGCACUCUAGAGUUGAAAGGCAUAGAGGCAGACUUGCAGGAACUCUGGACCACAUUUGAGGUCAUCGAGAAUGGAGAACUAGAACGUCCAUUACACUACAGAGAGAAGGUUCUGGAGCAGGUUUUAGAGUGGAAUAAUCUGGAGGACCCCAGCUCAGCUUUCGUGCUGAUCAGAAAAUUUCCUGUGUUCAAGAUGUCCCAUUGUAGUUCAGAAGACCCGAUGGACGUCGCUAAAGCCGAGCAGUUGAAGUUCAAAGAUGGCUCCACCAAACUGCUUUCAGGUCACAAGUUUCAGGACAGAUAUCUAGUACUGCGGGACAAGAAGCUGCUACUCUACAAGGACUCAAAAAGCACAAAGCCAGAGAGAGAGGUUCCUGUGGAGUCUGUGAAAUGCUAUCUAGGCCUGAGAAAAAAGCUGAAACCAGCAAGCAGUUGGGGCUUUACUGUUUACACUCAAAAACAGCAAUGGUAUUUCUGCUGUGAAGGAAAAGAUUCUCAGCUGGACUGGGUUAUUUCCAUUAUCAGAAGCAAGCAUGGAGGAGACUUCUGGCCUAAAUUCAAAAACAGGAGCAAGCAUUCAGUUCAUCAGAGCAGUAGAGAGCAUGGUUUUACUCACCGGGGCUUAGAGAAUGCAACAAGAAGACAAAGCAAGGAGGAUAACAGGAUGAUGCCCAGGAAUGUUACUUUCAAGACCGAGAACUCGGAUGAAGCUAAUGAUAAGUAUAAAAUUGCUGGGCUAGAGAGCCAUUUAAAGUAUAAAGACCUAAAAGGGGACUCCAGAGUGGCCACAACUGGAGGAAACUACCCCCUCCCAAGAGACAGAAUGGCCUAUGAUAGACCUCCCCAAAUUGAGCAUGUACCCUCGCACCCAGACACAGGUAAUCACACCAAACCUCCACAAAAGAAAGCUAUGCUUGCCUAUGCUCCAGGACAGAUGCCACAGAAUCUUCUCAACGAACUGAGCACUGUCCUUAACCAGGCAGGACGCAUUCCCAAGGAAGAAAGCUGAGAGGAUUUAAAAAGAAAUCCUUGCUUGUACUUCCACAAGGCAAAGUGGAGGUCAAAAGUGCAAAAUGACUCUCAGAUCUCAGACGGACAAAAUAAAUCUGUAAAUAAUUAAAUAUUUAUAUCUUGCAUGCUCUGAGUGGCUAAAACCAAAGCAUUUCUCUCUCUGACUUUAACCAGCCUCAAGAAAACAUUUCACAGUGGCCAGCAGGCCAGUCUAGUGGUACAUUGCUGUUGUGAUGGCAGUGAAAGUGGCUGUGUGUAUUGUCCAAGGGGCUCUCACACUGAUUUAUAGGUCAGUCGUCAAAUGUAGCAAUAUGUGGAUGUAUAUGCCGCUGAUGUCACAUUUAUUAAAUGGUCUUGUUUCUGAGGAACAUGUAAUAUAACUAAAAAAUAAAAUCAGUAUUACCUACAGACAAGGCUUUGCUACUUUUAGACAUGCAGAUAUAAGGCAACUAUUGACAUAAUGCUGGCUUUUCUCUGCUUAAAUUGGGGUCUAGUUGAGGUCAGUUCAGACACUACUUUGAUGAUCUAAAACCAUUGACCGGUUCAGAGUUUGUUAUAUUUUAAUACAUAGAGUAUUUAGAAAGGAAGUGGCCUUUUCAUAAAGGGAAAAUGCUUUCCCUUUUCCCAUUUCUGCUGGUAUUAAUGUUUCCUUAACCUAUUUUUCCAUCAAAAGAAGUAUGUUUUAUCAUAAUGUGUUACAAUAAGCAGAAUCCCAAGUCAUCCAAAGCCACUGAAUGAUGAAUGUUCAUUUGAGAUGGUACACAUGAGCUUUUGUUGCCCAGUUUACUUUAAAUAUUUAUCAUCAGCAUUUUAUGUAGAUGAUGCAUCAUUUAGCUGCUGCCUGUGUUUCAUGUUCUUUUAAAAUAUUCUAAUCAUGUACUUACAGCUGUUGUCAAAACCUGUAAUGUAUUGUAAGACUCUGUGAGAUUGUAUAAAUAAAUUAAGCUAUAAAUUA